AUGUUCUACACAACGGUCACUGUCCCUAAGCUGCUGGAUAUCCUACUGUCUGGAAACAACAUGGUGUCCUUCCUGCAAUGCUUGUCCCAGAUGUUCUUUUUUGCCUUUAUGAUAAGCGCUGAGGUGACUAUGUUGACCAUCAUGGCCUAUGAUCGCUAUGUUGCUAUAUGUAUUCCACUACAUUACCACCAUAUUAUGGGUAGGAUGAAAUGUUUUUGGAUCCUGAUCUUGGGUUGGGUAUCUGCCGCCAUGAAUUCCAUUUUCUUGACCAGUUUUGCUUCAACCAUCACUUGGUGUCACCCCAAGAAAAUCCAACACUUCUACUGUGAUGUGAAAGCUCUGGCCAAGAUCUCCUGUCCUGACUUAAGACUCUAUGUAGUCAUCUACCUGGAUACGCUGUUAUUUGGGUUCCUUCCAUUCACUAUUAGUUUGAUGUCUUACAUUAGGAUUCUCAAGGUCAUCUUGAGCAUUGCUUCCACCGAAGGCCGGAGAAAAGCCUUCUCCACCUGCUCAUCUCACCUCAUCGUCCUUCUCUUCUUCUAUGGUACAGGAGUUUGUGUCUAUAUAAGACCCCCAACCCAAUACAAAGAAGAACCAGAACAGGUCUUCUCUAUACUAUACACCAUAAUAACUCCUGCCUUAAACCCUCUGAUCUACAGUCUACGGAAUAAAGAAGUAAAAGAAGCUUUAAUGAAACUUGUAAGAUUUAUGUCAAAAUAA